UAAAAUUGUAUCGAUAAAUGCACCAACGGAGUCCCAAUCCCGAAUCCCGACUCAUGCAGUGAGCGCAUUCGGAGACCCUAUUUUAGAAACACGCAAAGCUCAGGUGGGGGUACAGCAGGUGGAGCAGCAGCAGGAGCGGCAAGGUACGGCAGGGUCCCCCUCGCCACGAGCUGCCGUACAGUGGCCACGAGCUGCCGUACAGUGGCCGUCUGGAACUCCGCGGCAGGGUUGAGCAUAGCUGUUGACCUAGGCCCAGAAGCACUGGCGACUGUCGCUGGAACGAGUGGUGACGUAUGCUUGUGUGUGAGUCGGUGUGUGAGCAUGGAGUGCGGAGAGGUGUUGAUCGGAGAAGUUUACACUUGUUGAGUCGCCUCCUCUUCCUUUGAACGAAGGGGCUUUUCCAAGGGCUGUUGCUCGUCUCGAAUGGCCUGUGGGAUUUGGCGCCGGCAUCGGUGCGGUUAAGUGAAACGGUGGUCAACAAACGGUGUCUGUUUCCAAAUACUAGCGCACUUAGGCGGCAAGCAGGGGGCUUUGGCGUUGGCUUGGACAUGCAGCAGGUUCCGAUGACUGAGAGUGCCGUACAGAAGCUGCCUAAUAGGAGUUGGUUCCAUAUCUGCAACCUGCAAUUUACGUAUCCGGGUUAUGUAGCGAGGUUACAUAUACGAUAGCUGCUUUUGGUGAUGUCUUAGCCCAGACAAGUAACUGCUAUUUUGACUAGCUUGCGUCAAGUCUACCCGAUCACAAUGGAGAACAUGCGCGAAUACGAGCUGCAAUUACUUAGGCAUAGUUGCGGCUUGCCGUUGGGUGAAGCGGUCGACGCGCCGACAGAUUCAGACCUUUCGCGGGCCACCAACCUCAUCAUCCGCGGUCGCUACCUCGACGCACUUCAAACCGUUUCAUCUCUAAAAGCCCUUCUGGACUGCAGCAGCGCCGGAUCUGACGCAGCUGCCGUACAGGAUGCAGAGUCUUACUACUCCCUUGUUUCCAAGCGAGCAGCCUCCAUCCUUGCAACAGCCGCAUCCAGCCCUUCUGUCGUACAACCAACGCAAGCAGCUACCACUGCGACUGCUGCUGCUCAUGCCAUCAGCACCGAGGAGGGAGCUGCAGCUUCUGUCGUACCUCCCUCCCUGGAUCCUGGGGCGGUGCUGCUGGCGGGUGUCGCAAGUCUGCAUGUGUUCGUGCAGUACAAUCUGACUGGUCCCUCCUACGACGCGCCCCCGCCCAGUCCGCUGGACCUCUUCGCGCCACCCCACAUCGCCCAGCACCUCUCGCAGCCCCCGCCGCCACCCACCCCCGCAG